AUGUGGAAACAACAUACCGAUGCAAAUAGACAUCAACUAACAGUUCCAAAUGAUGGACUAGAUCUUUUUGAAGUAUACAGACAAGUUCAUACAGGUUUGUCAUCUGUGGCCAAGUCCAGUCCGAACUCAAACUUCUUCGUCAUGCACGAAGGUAGAUCUCCAACAAGUACGCCAUUAGUUAAGCUGAAUGAUAUGCAUUCAUGUGAUUUUGCAGAUAAAUGUCGAGCGAUGGGAUAUAUCAGCUAUGUUAUUCAAUGUUAUCGCUUAUUGUUAGAUCAUCAAUCUCGUCGUCAUAAUAAUUUAGCAGCAUGCUAUCAGGAUUCUGAUGAUAAUGAAAAAGCACUGGCCAUGAUUUAUCGGCGACGGAAUGAUUGGCACAUGGUGCAGAAUUACUAUCAGCUAAUAGUUGAUCAACUGAAAAGCGAAGGCGUAGAACCGUCGAUUAUCGAAAGAUACGAAAGAAAUAUAAAAAAUGCAAUCGAGAAAAUAAUUGCCGAUCGAAUCUCGAGGUUGAAACUGUCAUUCUGGAAAAAAUUAAGUUCGUGCUAA